CUCAGGAUUCUCAGAGGUGAUUCUCUCCACUUCAUCAACGCCAAGAUGUUCAUCCAUCCAUUAGUACCUUUGCUUUUCUGUUUCUUUGCGCAACUUGUGAGCGUGUCCUCCUCUCCACUUGUUGUCGAACGAGCAGCUUCAACAUGUUCUGCAAACGACAUUGCCAUAGUGAAGCGUACAGCUCCGGCUGACCCCGUGUACUUUUGUCAAUGGUGGCAGCAGGAUGUACGCACGAGAUCGCCCUUCAUGGAGUUCACUCCAACUCAGGUCGACACUUUGUGCAAAUGCAUCUCGCCAGUUGCAACAGGACUCAAAUGCAAGCGCAAGCGCAAGCGAUCAGAUAUUGAGGAAAGAGCAGACCCCAAUGCCGGUCGCUCUGCAGCUUCGUGCAGCUCUGAGCGCUCAGUUCACUCAACCAUGGCGCUUCUGUACCUUCUACACUUCUUAUCCAAGAACUACAUCGCCAUUCAAAAGUACACCGCAUCCGCCUUGACCAGUUUGUGCAAAUGCGCCAUCACAAAGCCUGCUUCCACAACUAGCAAAAGGUUACUACGACUUCUAAGCGCAAAGCCAAACACCACUUCCAAGAAGACCUCGACAAGCACCAAGAAAACGAGUACAUCGACGAAACCAGCCACCGUCCAGAAGCCAGUAACAACCAGCAAGAAGCCAACGACCACUAGCUCCAAGAAACCCACGACCACAAGCACUAAAAAGCCAACAAGCACCAGUACCAAGAAGAUCACAUCGACGAGCACAAAGAAGGCUACUAUCACAAGCACCACGAAGAAACCAUCGACCACCAGUUCAAAGAGGAUAACGUCAAGCACAAAGCGUGCCUCGACAACAAGCUCGAAGAGAUAA